AUGGACCCGGUUCAGCUGCUGCUGCUGCUGAUGAUGAUGAUGAUGAAGAUGUGCUGCAGCAGAGCCACGGAGCCGAGGAGCAAACGAUACGCUGUGAAUCCUCUGGGACACAAGUGGACUCACUACAACAUCACAUACAGGAUCAUCCAGUUUCCGAACACUCUGAACGUGGACGACACUAGGAAGGCCAUCAGCAUCGCCUUCAGCAAGUGGAGCGACGUGUCUCCUCUCAGCUUCUCGGAGGUUUCCGAUGGCAACGCCACGGUCGACAUCACCCUCGGUUUCUACACCUUCAACCACACCGACUGCUGGUGGGCUCCUCUGCACCCCUGCUUCGACGGCCUGAACGGCGAGCUGGCGCACGCUUUCCUGCCGCCGCGAGGAGAAAUACACUUUGACAACCACGAGUUCUGGAUCCUCGGCAAGUCCAGAUUCAGCUGGAAACAGGGUGUGUGGCUGAACGACCUGGUUCAGGUGGCGGCUCACGAGAUCGGUCACGCCCUCGGCCUGUGGCACUCCAGAGACCCUCAGGCGCUGAUGCAUCCCAACGCCACCUACACCGGGCAGAGGAACAUCGCUCAGGACGACGUGUGGGGCAUCCAGAGACUCUAUGGUUGUCUGGAUAAGAAGCGAGUCUGUGACCCGUGGGCUCGACUCGGCUUCUGUGAGCGGAGGAAGACCUUCAUGAAGAAGAACUGUCCUCAGCGCUGUGACCUCUGCUACGAGCCUCUGGAAGCCGAGGCCACACCGACUCCGCCUCCAGCCAACUUCAAGAUCAAGAUGGUUCCCCGAGGGAAGGUGGUGGGGUUCCGCUGCGGAACCAAAACCUCUCGCUCUCCGCCCAAAGUCAGCUGGUUUAAAGACGGAGAACAGAUCCUCGCCUCCGUCCCCGGCUACAUCGUCUUGAAGGACCGAGACCUUCGCAUUAUCGCCAACGAGUUCAACGAGGGUGUUUACACCUGUCGCAUCCAUCGCCGCGGGGAGGUGGUUUCUGCCAACUCCUGGGCCAUCCGCCUCAAACCAGAGCCGCCCUCCAACAGCUGA